CCCGCUGCGAGACUCAAUUUUAUUAAUCCAAGAAAAUAAUAGAGUAAAUAAAUAAAUAAAUAAAUAAAAAUUCAAUUCUCUGAUACCUUCUUUCUUUCUUGUUGUUCUGCUCGAGAGGACGCCUCUGCUCAGGAACCUCCCAGAAAAAAACAACCCCAAAUUAGGGCUAACAAGCUCUUCUCUCUUCUUGUGAUUUCAUCACCCAUCUCUUUUGUUUUCCGGGAAAAUUUAGAUUUUCCUAGAAAAAUUCCAUUUCCAGAAAGGCACAAACAUAUAUUUUUCCACAAACAUGACAUCAGAUAAAAGAGUUAAUUGCGUCUUCAGUGGAGGGUAGAACUUCGUGCCGGAAUGUCAGACUUAUGCUUGUAUGAGCUUGAAGAUAACGCGUGGUAUGAGUUUGGUGAGAGUGACGACCAUAUAGUACCUCAUCCUGGCAUUGAGCAUGAUGAUCAGUUUCCAGUAGAGGGUGAUAGUUGUAAGAAACCAAGGCGUGAUCUAAUUGGCAUCCCAAGUAAUGCAAAUUGUGCAACUAUUUCUGAACUUCAAGGAAAGGAGAAAGAAAACUUAGCAACUCUGACUAAGAAGAGUACCAUGCUGGAAAAGGUUUCAUUGUCCAACACACCUGAUGGUGCGUAUGCUUCUUCAUGUAAUGGUGACUCAAUCAAAGAAGUGACAAGCAUAGCAUCUGAUGAUACAGGGAUGUCCAACCAUUGUUUAAAAAGUGGUAAUCCAGAUUCAAGCGGUAGUGAUGCCAAAGACGAUAUCAUGGGCGACGGAUGUACUGUAGUUGAUAAUAACUUAUAUGAUUACCCUCUAAAUCACAUAUCCGAAACAGAUAAUGACCUCAGCUUCUUGGAUAAUGAUCGUGAAGACAGAGACAGCAGUGAUCUUUUAUAUUAUGGUUGGCCAGAUAUAGGAAAUUUUGAGGAUGUUGACAGGAUGUUUAGAAGUUGUGAUUCAACAUUUGGGCUAGGAAGUCUCAAUAAUGAAGAUGAGUUGUGCUGGUUUUUAUCUUCAAAUUCUGCUGAAGGAUCUGAAGAUGUGUUGAAGUCUGGCGUCAAGUUUUCAUGUUCAGAGGCAACUGCAAAAAGUCUAUCGGAAAACGGUGAAGCUUCCAAGCUGGAAAAUGUGGAUCCUUUAACCAAUGGUCUGAAUAAAAAAGGGACUUCCAUGGGUGACAACAUAAGUUCCCCAGGUAUGGAUGCUGGUGUACGGGCUACUCUUGGCAGCUUAUCAGUUGUGAAUGGCUCAGAUGCAAAAUCUGAAAUAGGGGACGACUUGACGCUAAAAGAACAGCCAAAGCACCACAAACAACCAGAAGGGGAAAGAAUAGACCGAUAUGUAGAAAAUGGUGGUUCAUUUCCUCAUUACAGUGACCUGAACCAAUUUCAGAAUGCAAACCAUCCCUAUGCAGACUCAUCCUGUCAAGUUUAUUCUACUCCUGCCAUUCAUCAGCAUAAACAAAAAACAGUAACUGAAUCUGUGAGAUACAUGCAGACAAAUAUUCCAUAUAUGCACUUGGACUAUAGUCAUCCAUCAGAUCAAACUUCAGUCUGCCCAACUGUAUCUGGCACCCAAUCUGACAAUAAUGUCCACCCAUCUCCUUCUCUGAAGGAGACUUCCUAUGCAUCAAAUCAAGUACUGUCCAUGGAGAGUUCUUGUGGUCCAUUCAAUGCUCCUUCUGUAGUAAAGAAAGAAAAGCAACUGUUGUCUGGGGAUUUUGAACCCCCAUUUUCUAAAUGUUUUAACAUUUUGGCUAUCGAAAAUCCAGAGACAUGUUGUGAUCCGGUUUCAGUUCAAAAGAAAGUGCAGCAAUCUGCAAAUGAGACUGAAGGCCAUAGUGAUGUUGAAGGAGGAGCCAGUAUAGGAAUGCAAGCAGAAUUUGAUUCUUCAGAUCUACAGGAGAGCUCUUGCUUGAGCUCUGUGCUGGAUGAGAUAUCACUAGAAGCAACUAGUUUUCGCCAGCUUCAACAAGUAACAGAGCAGUUGGAUAUCAGGACAAAACUGUGCAUAAGGGAUAGUCUGUACCGUUUGGCAAAGAGUGCAGAACAGAGGCAUAAUUGUGCAAAUAAGAAAAGUGGCAAUAUAGAUAGUAGAGAAGCAAAUGGAGUAUUGUUGGCCCAAGAAACAGACAAGUGCAUUGCGUUUAUGGAUGUGGAAACUGAUACAAACCCUAUAGAUCGGUCCAUUGCGCACUUAUUGUUUCACAGGCCCAAAGACCCAUCUGCACGACCUGCUAAUGAUCCCUUAUCUCUCAGGUCUAGUGCCUUGAUUCAUGGGUCUGUGAAUAGUACGCCUGGGAUGCCUGAAAAACAGGUUUUCCCUGAGAGAACUGCUGCCAGUGAUCGGAAAAAAGACGGCGAUGAGUGACAACAAAUAAUAAUAUACAGUGAGGUGAGCAUCUACAGAGAUGUAGUAGUGAAGUAUGUAUAUCUUUUUGAAUUUGGUGCAUGUCAUCGUGUUAUGGAUGACAUCUAAUGAUGCCCAAAAUGGAAGCCAGUUCUGAUUCCAUGUUUUGGUUUUCAGUGAAUUUGUAUUUGAUCUUCUUUGUGUAUACCUGUAACGCCCAUCUCAAUACAAGUUAUUUAUCAGCUCUCUGUCA